AUGGUUUCUAUAUGCCUAAGCUAUGAUUUACAAACGUGUUACAGAGAUCUCACCUUUGAUGUGCCGGGAAAAAAAUUGAAGGCAACGAAUGGACAAAGCUUCAAGAAAGAGUCCAAAGAAACUGAUAAUUUUCAGCCUUCGGUUGCCUUUGACACUGUGCCUUCUACUGUUGGUUAUUCUUCCAUAGAUGAUAGUAGGGAAGGAUUCAAAGGGGUACCUGUUCCCAGUUAUUACGCCAUGGACGAGUGUUAUGAUAAUGAAACAGACUCCUUUUCGCCGAAUUUGCAAUAUUACUUGAGAGAUACAUUUCAAUCAUCACCCUCUCUGAAGACUAGAAAAGGCGCUAACUCUGAAUCCAAUAGUUUUCCAGUAGAAUCUUCGAAGCUUUUGAAGAAAAAUAGUGACAUUAGAAAAAUCUUUCUAAUAUCUCAAAAUGGGAAAAUAGUAAGGAGAGAUUAUCCGAGCACGCCAGUGAUUACCAACGAAGCAUUGAUGAUAAAUAGAUUUGAGAAAAAUUGGAAAAAAUUAUGGCGCCAAAGGAAAUCGCAAAUAAACGAAAGACUGCAUGACAAAAAAAUGUGGUUUACUUAUCCAAACAUUAUCUUCUCCCAGGAACACAUCAAACCAUUAUACAGAGGUGACGAUGCUGCGCCAUGUACCAAAGAGCAGAAAAGAAAGUACAAAAUAUUUCAAAAGAAGAUAGGAUAUCCCAACAAUCCUAAAACAAUACUUUGUUACAUAAACGGAAAAAAACAUACUUGGGUUGCUCUUGAUUGGACCCUUUGCAAGAUUGCGCAAAGUUUGGACCAUAUUGUGGUCAUAACUACAUUACCAAGACUGAUAUUCAACAAAAAAAAAAGGCUAGAAGAUGAUACAGAAUGGGCAUCGGGAUAUCAGAAGGAAACAAUCAACCAAAAAUUAAGUGACAUCUUCGAAUACAUUUUACAACUUUUGAAAGUAGUGAAAAUCUCUGUAAAGGUUACUUUGGAGAUAGUAAUAGGAAAAACUAAAAAAACUUUGGUAGACGCUAUUAAUGUUCACACUCCAGAUUUAUUAGUUUUUGCCACUUUAAAGCACGAAAGAAAUGAAAAUAUAAUUGUAUAUAAAUCCAAAGGAUUGACUGAUGUUUUUUCUGUUAGUUUUCCAAUUCCCAUGUUUGUUGUUCCCUCGAAAAGGAUGUAUUCGUUUGAACUAAAUCUGCAAAGGCAAGUAAAUGAACAUUUUGAUCAUAGUAGCGGCAAUAAUUAUAUAAAUAAUGAAAGUACCAAUAAAAACAGCAUAAACGCAUCGCUCAAAGAGAAUGUAUUUCCAGAUAUUCCUUCAGAGAUUUCGGUAGAUUCAUAUGCAGAAGACUUCAAAAAACAAGGUUACAUCAACAAGCACUCCAGUCCUUUCGAAGAUUCGAUUCGAAAGAGGUUAGUAAAUGUUGCCCAACAUUCACGGAAGAAAAUCACUGGUGAUAUAGCAAACUUACACAAUGACGAAAAAGAAAGGAAGUUUAGUUCGAAAGAAGUUUUGUUAACGAAAAUUGACAUUAUAAUUAAAGAGUCCUUGAAAUCUUCUUUGGAGAUAGACACGAUGCCUGGCGACAAUUCAUUGCGGUCUAGUCACAAUGAGCGACUUGUCAACUUUAAGAAUUCUUUGAUAGGCAGCGAGUCAAAAGGAGCAAAGUUUAGCAAAUCAUUAAUAUCAUAUUCCCCUUCACAAGAGCAAGAUACCUCGAAAAUUAUCAGCACCAGCAGCCCACCCACGUCGCAAAUCAAGUUUGCGACCACUGUCAAGCACAAAGAUGGGAGAGCCGCCCUUGGUAAGGCCAAAAACUUGCCUGAUAUGAGACAUAGUAGCUCUUUCGAGAAAGAGAAUUCCUUUGGCUCGUCUGAUAAGAGUAUCAGUGUUGAUAGUAGCAAUUCUUUAAGGAAAGUGAAAAGUGCUGGCGCACUGAGAAAGGUCAAAACCAAUGAUUCUUCAAGCAGUGCGGGCUCAAGGAAAAGCUCUUCCAGUUUCAGUACUGUAAAUACCUUUACUGGUGGUGGAGUUGGCAUCUUCAGGGUGUUUAAGAGUGGAAGUUCUUCCGGAAAUAAAUCGUCCAGUAGAAGAAACAGCACUGGUAGUGAUGUUUUGGAAAUCGAUGAUCGUGGCAACAAGAAGAAGAAGAAAAAGAAAAAAUCAUUGUUUUCAUUUGGUAAAUUAUAA